AUGUAAAGAUCCAUUAUUAAUAGCCCAAACGCAGAAAAUAGAUUAAAAAAUUACUUGAACCCUCCUACACUUUAAGAAAUCGAUGAAUAAAGCAGUCAAAACGAUUUCAAGAAUUUUAGAGCUAAUUUUUAGGGAGUAAAUACUCAGAAUUUUCAAGGGAGAGGGAUGUUUACACCAACAAAUAAUCAUCCAAUGAAUUCUAAUUUUGAUAGCUCCUAAUUAAGUCCGUAAAACAUUGAUCAAAGAGGAAAAAAUACUCAUCGAAAACGAAUGGUUGAACUAAAUUCACCAUCACAAAAUUAGAUUCAUGCCCAACCAUAUACAAGAAAAGCUAGUCAACUGACUCUCGAAUCUAAUAGAAGUGGAACUACAUAAGGAGGUGGCUAGUAAAGUUUUCUAAAUGUCAAUAUGAAUCAGCAAUCAAUAUUUAACAACAAUAAUAGCAUUAAUGUGUAAUCUUAUAACAUUGCUUCAAUUGAUCAAAUUGUAGAGACUAUUUACGAUUCACUGGACAAACUUAAAUCAUAUCUAAUGAUAUCAAUAAAAGAUUAAGAAAGUAGGUUGUCUAAAGAAUACGAGGAAAAGUUUGAUAAAAUUCACCAGAGGCUACUAGAAUUGGAAAAAAAUUAAUCUAUUGCUGGAAAUGCAUAAUAAAAUGUUAUUUCCCCUUUGAAGAGUUCAAUGAGAUCAUUUGAUCAUAUGCUAAAUGACAGAGGAAUAGUAUAACAGCAUUCUGAUGUUAAAAUUCACUCCAAUAAAUUUGUCUAUCCCUCAAUGAUAACUGUAAAAUCAGGAUAAACUGAGCUAUCCUAGCUGAGAGGUAUGUAAAAUACAACCCAUUAGACAACUAAUGCUAGCUGUAGUGCUAUAACUAACGCUAAGAAAAGCUAAAAAUCUCCUGACUAAAAGUCUUCUUCCUAUUACAACAUUAAGAAAAAUCAACCGAAAGUUGGAGAAAGAUAUCUUAAAAGUAUUCAAAGAAAGUAGUAUCUUAAAUAAAAUUAGCAUCUUAGCAAAUUUACCCUAGACUGCAGAGAUCCCUAAAUGAAUAGUACAAAUAAUUAGAUUCCAGUUGACUCUAGAAUGAGACAAAAUGUAUUUUCCCCAAAUAAGCCUCCUUAAUAGCUGAAAAUAUCAGAUUAUUAAUUAGACGCUUGUAAAAAAAUAGAAGAAUCAGAAAAAGAUUAAAGGUAAUUACAUCAAGUUAGUAGAAAGUCAUUGGAUAAGCAUGACAUAUCAAAGACGAGUCUAAAUUUAACUAUGGAUAAGUCAAGACGAAUAACCAAUAUGUCAAGUAAAGAUAGAAAAAGUAUAGGGUCAUAAAACAAUAAUGAUUCGCGAAACCUAUAAUCAUCAAAACAUUAUUAAAGUGUGGAAAAUGUAGACAUGUAAAAUUAAUUAUAGGUAUUAGCAAGUAGUCUUAGUCAAGAGGUUCUACAAUAAAGUGAAAUUUAUCUCACCAAUAUUACGGGUAGACUAAACAAUAGAAUUUCCCCAGCAAAUAUGGACAAUCUAUUGCCUGUUAGCAUCUAGCCCAAGUCAAAGUUUUAACUUGAAACAAACGCAUUCUAAUAACCAUUAAAAACUAUCGUAUCAAGAAUUGGACCAUCUCCAAUGCCAAAUGUUUCAGAGUACAAUUGCAAUUCUCCUAUAUAAUCUAAGCAACUGCCAGGAAAUGAUUCAACAGUAAUAAAUAAGCCUGAGUAUUCUGAGUUUAUGGAAAGUAAUAAUACAUCUAGGAUACUCACCAGUUUAGAGUAAAAGAGGUAGAGUUAAGAAACCUAUAGAAACAAAAAGCUUUCAACAGGUCUUGAAAUAUUAAGGGAUAAAUAUCUAAAUACCAAUUUAAAAUCUCCUUCAGAAGUAUCUAAUGGUGAUCACCAGUAGAAAUAGAACCCAAGGCAUAUUAAAAAUAUCUCAUCAAACUAUCUUACUGCUCAAGAACAAAUAUCUGCAAAUGAAUAAAACAGCAACAACAACAAAAUAAUCCUAGAUAAUAAAAAUAUCAUAGAUUAGUUUGAAAAUUACUUCGCUUCUUCUUAAGAGUAAUUAUGCGAAGCAGUUGAAAUGGCCUCGUCACAACACACGCAAAGUCAUGCGAUUAAUUAAUAGAAUCAAAUAAAAAAUUUCCUAAAAGAUCUUCAACACGAGAAUGAGGAAGUAAGCUAAUCAUUUUAGACGCCUGAGGGUGAACAAAAACAAAGGCGGAAAUAAAAUAUACUCUAAGCUUAUAUUGAUGCGGAUCUAGAUAGUGAAAUAUACAAUAGUAAUCAAAACGAAUCCCAUACUUUAAGUAUACAGGCAAUAAAUAUAGAAUUAGAUAAUGUGAGUGAGGCUUAGUAAAGUAAUAUUGAUGACUAUGGAAUAUGA